AUGGCUGCCCAAGGAGAACCCGAAGUUCAGUUCAGACUUGUUUUGAUUGGUGAUGGUGGUACUGGAAAAACAACAUUCGUGAAGCAUCAUCUGACUGGUGAAUUUGAGAAGUAUGUAGCUACGUUGGGUGUUGAGGUCCAUCCUCUUGGGUUCCAUACCAACAGAGGACCUAUUAAGUUCAAUGUAUGGGAUACAGCUGGUCAGGAGAAAUUUGGUGGACUGAGAGAUGGUUAUUAUAUACAAGCUCAGUGUGCCAUUAUAAUGUUUGACGUAGCAUCAAGAGUUACUUACAAGAAUGUGCCUAACUGGCAUAGAGAUCUGGUACGAGUGUGUGAGAGCAUCCCAAUUGUGUUGUGUGGCAACAAAGUGGAUAUUAAGGACAGAAAGGUUAAGGCAAAGUCAAUUGUCUUCCACCGAAAGAAGAAUCUUCAGUACUAUGACAUUUCUGCCAAAAGUAACUACAACUUUGAAAAGCCCUUCCUCUGGCUUGCUAGAAAACUGAUUGGAGACCCUAACUUGGAGUUUGUCUCCAUGCCUGCUCUUGCCCCGCCAGAGGUGGUCAUGGACCCAGCCUUGGCAGCACAGUACGAGCACAAUUUAGAGGUUGCUCAGACAACUGCUCUCCUGGAUGAAGAUGAUGACCUGUGA